GAGUCGAACAGUAUCUCCUCUUGUAACAGUUCCACUCCCGGUUCUCCGUUCGGCUUUGUCGAUCCCUGCUCCCCUUCUUCGUGUUCUGGCGGGUUAUCGGGCUGCCUCGGUCUUGUUGGUCCUCUUAUUUCGACACCCUCAACAGAGAAUGGGGGUUUUUGUCCCCUUGCAGUUGCCGCAGCCAGCCAUGCUGCAAGUGGGAGUGGCGUUAGCUGUAAUACCAAUGGCAUCGGGGGAGGAGUCGGCAAUUUCUGCUUAAAUGGGUCGAGCACCUCAACUCUGGCCAGUGGGUCCGGAAGUGUGGGUGGCAUAAGCGCUAUUCCCCCUUCCAGUAGCCUGGCCUCUGUUUGCGGGUCGUCCAAUAUGCCUAAUUCAAGCCCAUAUAGUGGACAAGUUAGCUGCGAAACAUCGGCUGGAUAUGGUAUGACUGUCAUUUCUUGCGUUAACGGCUUAUAUUCUGGAGGACUUGGGGUAACUCCUCUUGGCAGUGCUGGCUCUGGCCCUUCUUCCGUUGCUGGUAUUGGCUGUAUUUCUGCUGCCACUAGUUGCAUUGGUGUUGGCGCUGGUGCUGUCGCGAACGCCUCUGUUGGGGACAAUGCUGGUAUUGUUUGCACAGGCGCUAGUGCUAAUUGCAUCGCUAUCGGCGCAGCUGGCAUUGGCGCUGGCAAUAGUGGGAGUGUCACUGUUGCCCUGAAUAACAGCAAUUCAAUUCAGUGUUCUGGAGGCGGCCACCUCUCAGCGUCACCUCUACAUCAGCCCGGCCACAUUACAUCCGGUUCAAGCCCCAAGUUUGCCACUGCCACUUCAUUAUCUCCCGCACACUCGGCUGCCUGUCCACUUACUCAUCAUCAUCAUCACCACCAUCAUCAUCUACUACGUCAUCAACAUCUGCAUUCGCAACACCAUCCACUUGGGCUCCUUUUCCAUCAACAGGCUACCCUCAAUGGCGUUGCUCCAUCAUCUGCUCAGAACAAGCCCGGCCAAAUGGCAGCUAGCGGGAUGCAAAGCCCCAGAAAUACUGGGACAUGUUGCCAGCAUUUUGACUUUCCUCGUAAGCACUUUUCUUGA